AUGUGCUGCAACUACUACGGAAACUCCUGUGGAGGCUGUGGAUACAGCUCUGGCUGUGGAUAUGGCUCAAGAUACGGCUACGGCUGUGGAUAUGGCUCAGGCUAUGGCUGUGGAUAUGGCUCAGGCUAUGGCUGUGGAUAUGGCUCAGGCUAUGGCUGUGGAUAUGGCUCAGGCUAUGGCUGUGGAUAUGGCUCAGGCUAUGGCUGUGGAUAUGGUUCUAGAUAUGGCUGUGGAUAUGGCUCUAGUUGUGGGUCUGGUUCCAGAUAUGGCUGUGGCUAUGGUUCAGGCUAUGGCUGUGGAUAUGGCUCAGGCUAUGGCUGUGGAUAUGGCUCUGGCUCUGGCUGCUGUAGCUACAGACCUCUUUGCUACACAAAAUGCCACUCUUCUUGCUGCUAG